AUGCGAAUUCCAUUUACUGGACCGAUUUCCUCGAAUUACGAGUCCUUGUCUGACCGCGAACUCCAUCCUGAACCCAGGUCGAACCCUCGAAAUGCGACUCUUAUCAUAGUUCUUAUAGCCACAGCGGCUUUCGCGUCGGCAUUGGGGUUCUAUGCUGGAAAAAGCUCGAUCAAAGCCACAGACGAAGGAUUGCUAUUACCACCGGGAAACGUCCACCAAAUCUGGCAUUACAAUGAAACAUUCUCCCAAAAACCUACUCCGCAAUCGGAAGCAGCGUGGAAUUCUUUAGCCCCAGUCGGACGUGGAUUCGUCUACCACCCCUUUGUAUCUCCUGUCGUUUCAGGAAUCGCCGUCUUCCACCAGCUGCACUGCGUACACGGCCUCCGGCUCGCAUACUACAUCACUACCCAUCGGCUGCAACUCUUGAACGGAUCCCACACGAACGACACAUACCUUGACAGCAUCGCCGCGCGUACCAACAUCGAGCAUAUCCGCCAUUGCUUCGACUACCUCCGCCAAUCGAUCAUGUGCACCGCGGAUACGAACCUCGAGACGGUGAAUCAGGAGCAUCACACCGUGAAUGGGUGGGGAUCGGAGCGGCAGUGUCGAGACUACGGCGAGGUUAUGCGGUGGGCGGAGCGGUGGCGGAACGAUUCGUCUAGUGGAAUUCUCUAA